AUGACGCUCGCAGAAGAGUUCAAGUCAAGGAAUUUCAGUAUCUAUGGUCAAUGGACCGGAGUGUUGUGUAUAGUCCUUUGCUUUGCGCUGGGCAUAGCCAACAUCUUCAACGCCAAUUGGGUCAUCGCGUUUAGCAUUGUGUGUUUAGUAUGCUCGUUCAUCAUCAUCUUCAUCGAAAUACCGCUGCUCCUCCGCAUUUGCCCAACUUCACCCAAGUUCGAUACCUUCAUCCGUAAAUUCAGCUCCAACUACAUGCGCGCGGCCAUCUACGCGGCGAUGAGCGCCAUACAAUGGGCCAGUAUUGCCGCCCGGGCUACUAGCUUGAUUGUUGCGGCCAUCUUCCUACUGCUCGCAGCCGUCUUUUACGCGCUUGCUGGCUUCAAGGGCCAGCAGUUCCAGGGCAGCAAGACACUGGGAGGACAAGGAGUCGCACAAAUGAUUAUAUAA